UACGAAGAAAGGAAAUUCAAAGGAAGGAAAACAAAGUUUAUCAAACCACGGAUCAUUUCUGACCGCCUUCACACUGAUGUUAUAUGUAUGUUUCAUCCCGAGAUUAAGAUAGAGAAAGAUACAACGUGCGACACAGCUAAUUGUGGCAGGAUGUACACGUUCCGUUAGUGGAAGUGCGCAUGUCCUCUAGUGAUUAUAUAUUUUCAUCUUCCUCAACCAAAGUCUCAUUUUCAUUUUUAAAGUAUUUGUUGCAUUUAAAAAGCAGCGCAAUGGGGAGUAAUUUUUCCACUGAAUCUGCGAGAAAUUCACCAAAACAACCUGGUAAUGAUGCUGCUAAACAAAAAUAUAUCGACGAAAUCCUCGAAAGGGCUGAUGAAAUCGACGGCGACGAUUUUGUGGACGAAGGAGACGAGUUGUCAUCAAUAGACGUUAGAGAUUAUGUGGACCAGUUUCCGUUUGAAAAUAUCGUCUUUGAAGGCGGUGGUGCUAAAGGCGUGGUAUAUCCGGGAGCUCUACUGGCCUUGGAAGAAUUAGGCUUGAUGGCGAAAAUCAAACGAUUUGCAGGGACAAGUGUGGGUUCCAUGACUGCGUGCAUGGCGGCCCUAGGAUACAGCUCCCAGGAAAUUCGGAAAGUCAUGGAGAAGGAUUUUAGAACGUUCUUCGACGCCAGACUUGGACGAUUAAGUUUGCUCCCCAAUCUACUGCGCUACUUCGGAUGGCAGCCCAUGAACACGUUAUAUGAAUUCGUGGGAGAACUCGUUGAAAAGAAACUUGGUAAUAAAGACGCCACGUUUAGCGAUUUGUAUAAAAAGACCGGAAAAGAACUUUGUAUCGUUGUCACCAACGUUAACAACAUGGAGGAGGAAUAUUUUCAUCCCAAAACCACGCCCGACGUUCCGAUCAGAAUGGCAGUCCGGAUGUCGGCAAGUCUUCCAGGCUUGAUGCAACCUGUGCAUUACACGACAUCUGGGACCGAUAAUAUUUACGUUGAUGGUGGACUAUUGGCUAAUUACCCGAUCACUUGUUUUGAUGGAUGGUGGUUAUCGAUGAAGAAAGAAGAUUCUUUUCUCAAAAAAAUGCAGCCUCUAGAGAAGCUCCCUGAAAUCAUGGACAGAAGAAACAAGUUUGCUCAGAGUGAAGAAACUGCUGAUAAAACAUUGGGCUUUGUUCUGUAUGCAAAUGACGAAAUGCAGAGCUUCAAACCAGUGUUUGAAUGUAGACGGCGGGGUCCAGUAAUCUAUCCUGAUACGGAAAUGGGAAGAAAAGCGGCGGAGAAGCUGAAAAAUGAAAUGAAGCUACGUAAAGAAUACCUGCUUGUCAGAAACGCUGUAAAUAAAUUCUUAGAGCUGGCUUCAAAGUAUGAAGAAAACGGAGAUGAAUUGAUCAGUAAAGAAGAACUCUCUGGAAUACUCAGCGAUGAAAGUUUCACCAAAAACGACAGAGAUAGACUCUUUGGAAAAGAUGUUACCGUGGAAGAUGUUAUGACACGACUUGAUAAAGAUGGAAACGGCACGGUAAAAUUUCAAGAACUGGUCGCAUUUAUCGAAGAGAUGGGAUUUACAAUGGCGACCCGGAACUUGGGAUUUAAACGACAGGAAGUGACGACAUUGCUAACUCUUCUUCAGACUCUUUACACGACAUUGUCUUUCAAUAUUGUCCAAAUAGGAUUCAGUUCUCAGGACUUGCCAAGGACCGUAGGACUAAACUCACAUUAUGUAGGAACCCUGGUGUUCGAUUACCAGAAAGAAGACAUUGACUUCCUAAACCAGGAGUCCUAUCAAUCUACCAUGACGUUUUUGAAACAUUUUGCUGCAAAAUUGAAACAAUAAGGGGAAUGACAGUGAAAAUAAAAAUCCGUGCACAGAUGUGGAAGUGUCUUCUUCAGACAGAUUACUCGAAUGUUAGCGGAGUGAUUUUAGAUUGUCAAUUGUUAUGUUUCAGACAUUGUAUAUGCAGUUGUUUAUAUUAUACGAUGCAACGUUUGCCUUUCAGAAAUUAAUUGGAAUUAUAAUCAAAAGUGAGAUGUG